UUCUGGACUCAAGCUUCUCCCUCACUCUCAAGUCGAGAAGCUUGAAUUAGGAGAUCAAGUUCAAGUUGCUGUGAAGACAGGUUUUCAUCAAGCUGUAUGUUCUGAUAGUAGUUACAAUGAAAUUGAGUUUCAUUCUACUGGUUUUGGCUGCCACAUCCAUAGCUGUUGUGCAGGGAUCGAAGUUUUGGGAUGACUUUUACGUCAAUUUUGGAGAUUGCAAUGUGCAGUAUCCAGGAUAUGAUACCGGAAGUACCAUUGCUUUGGGCUUAGACAACACAACUGGAUCGGGAUUCCAGUCCAAGUAUCCUUACUUGUAUGGGAACCUCUCCAUGAAGCUCAAGCUAGUUGGAGGAGACUCUGCCGGAACUGUUACUUCCUAUUAUAUGGCUUCCGAAAGAACACAGUUUCCGAAGUGGUGUGAGCUAGAUUUUGAAUUCUUGGGUAAUGCUUCCGGAGAGCCUUACAUUCUGCAGACCAAUGUGUUCUCUGAAGGAGUAGGAAACAGGGAGCAACGUAUCUACCUGUGGUUCGAUCCCACUGCUGACUACCAUGAGUACGGUAUCCUGUGGAACCAGGACCUCAUUUUGUUUUUGGUCGACAACCGCGUCAUCAGGGUCUUCCACAACGCAGCUGAUCUCGGAAUUCCUUAUUUGGAUUAUCAACCAAUGUACAUAUAUUCCAGCAUCUGGAAUGGAGAAUCGUGGGCGACUUGUGGUGGUGGAGUGAAAACCGACUGGAGCCUUCAGCCUUUCCUUGCAUCUUACACAAAUUUCAACGUUUGGAAUGCUUGUGAAAUGAGGGACACCACAGUGAGCUCUUCACAUGCUUGCUAUGAGAAGUUGUACACCAGCUCAUAUGGUCAGGCCCCCAACCUAGCUCUGACACAAGCUCAGAUUGACGAUCUGAGAUGGAUUAAGAACGGUUAUGUGAUCUACGAUUACUGCACCGAUCUGAAGAGAUUCAACUGGACCGCUCCCCCAGAGUGUGCUAGAAACUGGCCUUAGAAUUAUAGAUUGGAACAUUCUUGAUAACUCUAGGAAUUUAAAUACCAUUCUUUUCAUCACCUACAAUUAACAAUUUUCCAACCACCCGUAGAUACAUCAGUGUGUGAUGACUUAGUAUUUGGAGGGUAGUUGGAGGAUAGUUUGAAUCAAUCAAAGACGUCAGUUCCUGCAGACAUCUUGAUGUCUCUGGAGGUAUAAUGUCUGUCGAGUUACCGAGAACAUAUGUGAAUUUAUUUUUGUCCAAGAUGACAAUAAAGACCAUGUUCAAUGGC